GUGGUCACUUCUUUCACUAGGACUGCAGUUUCACAGCCUCUCGCAGAGACAAAAAGCCAGAAGCAGAAACGAGGUGAGGCUGAGUGGGGCCUGCCAUACCUCUGCAACACACUUGAAGAGACUCAGCCUGGGGUCCAGGCGCCCUGCAGCAUCCUCACGGCGAUUACCCACACCCUUACCCCCACUCCUGCCUCUGGGAGGCUCUGUGGGGUGUGGUGGGGUUGGGGGACCUGCCGUGGAGCCGCCUGCGUGACACAGGAGACCGCGGCUCCCUCUUCUGCCAAGGAGGCCAAGGAAAGGAAGACCCAGGGGCCCGUCUCGCCAGAGCAGCUUGUCGUGAUCGCAGCCAGCCAUGAGCCGGGAGUCUCUGCUACCGUAUCACACGGCCCAGAGCGGCGCCGGAGCAGGCCUGUUCAACACCACCAUGGGCAAACUGCAGCGGCAACUGCACAAGGGUGAGUACGACAUAUUCAAGUACGCCCCAAUCUUCGAGAGUGACUUUAUCCAAAUCACCAAGAGGGGAGAAGUGAUCGACGUGCACAACCGCGUCCGCAUGGUGACCGUGGGCAUCGCAUCCACCAGCCCCCUCCUCCCCCUCCCAGACGUCAUGCUACUGGCCCGGCCGGCCACCGGCUGUGACGACCACGCAGGCCGUGGCCAGACCACCAAGGCCAAGAGCCGCAAGGCUGCAAAGACCUUAGAGCUCACCAGGCUCCUUCCCUUGAAGUUCGUGAGGAUCUCCAUUCACGACCGUGAGAAACAACAGCUGCGCCUGAAGUUCGCCACCGGCCGCUCCUGCUACCUGCAUCUGUGCCCCCCGCUGGACUCGCGGGAAGACCUCUUCGCCUACUGGGAGAAGCUCAUCUACCUCCUGCGGCCGCCGGUGGAUAGUCAGAGCAGCACCUAUGCCAUUCCAGCUGGGGACAUGAUCUGCAUGCCCAUGUUCGAGGAGGACAGGAGGAGCCCGGCGGCCAUGGAUUUCCAAGGCCGGGGCGAUCAGGACCAGGUAAGCGUCAGGAGCCUCCAUGUGGGCUCCGAGGUGUCCGGGGCCACCUCUGCAGCUUUUGCCGGUGGGGAGGGCCUCCCACUGGACUUCUACAGUCCCGAUCCUAUGCCCGACGGGGCCAUGGCAAACACCAAACCCAGGGAGCUUGAUGAAGAGUCAGCAGCGGGGGCGAUGAUGCAGGUGGCCGCAGCAGAUGCCACAGAGGGCAAUCUGAACGUGACCAAGUCCCAUGCCUCUGAAGAGCAGAGCACGGCCAUUGAAGUCACUGUCACCAAGGGCCCAGAAGGAAGCAAAAGCAACAUAGCCAUGGCAGGUGUUGCCAAAACCUCCCUGAGGACCAGGAAAACGGCCUUGGCUCAUGGUGCCAAAAACUUGGAGUACCCUUCCAGCACAUCCACCAGCCUCUCCCCAGAAGCCAGCAUGACUAUGUUUGGAGCGGAGGCCACCAGGAAGACCGCCAAAGGAAAAGCCGAUCAGGAGGAUGAGGGGACCCUCAUCUCAGCCUUGCCGCAGGAAGACCAAGAGAGUGAACAGGAAGAGAGGCCCCGGAGAGUGUCCCAGGCCCGCAGGGGAAGAAGGGAGAGGAGGGAACGCCGGGAGAAGGAGCGCGCUCUCAGGGGCUCGCGUCCCCGCGGGUCAGCCGAAGGCCGCCACAAGACCGUGGGGGACAAGGCAAUCCGGAAGACAGCCGGCCGGUCCUCAGGUGGCCGGAGAGCCACGAGGGAUGACAAAAAGGAGAAAGGCCACGGCAGCCCGGGGGACAGCAAGCGGGGCACUGUGCACAAAGGCGUCAGCCACGCUCCCAUCACCAAGGAGUCCAGGACCUCGCACAAAUCGGCCAGGAGCUUGUCUACCGGGAGUUCACUUUCCACCAACAAGAGACUCAGCAGGAUCAGCUCUUUCUUGAGGAAUGUCCGAGCCAAUCUCACUACGAAGACAGUGGCCUUGUCACACAAUAAAGACGUGGACAUCUUGGCGAAGGCGGUGGAAAGGAAAAGAAUGGAGGCCAUCAUGGAGACGGCAGAGAGUGGCCAGGGGCUGGAAAUCGCUGGGAGUGUGACAUCUGAGGCCACAGAGACAGUGACCGUUGCAGCUCAUCAAUAGGACCCAGAGCUGGAAGCUGCAAAGGGGACCAGAGCUCAGGGAAAUAUCCCUGGUGAUCGUAUGCCAGCUUCCUUACUGCAGGUUAAAUAAAAGAACCAUACAACCUGAA